CAAACAUUCGCAGUAAGUGUCCUACUAAGCGGCUGCAGUGACCGCUGUAGCUGCGUAUGCUGGACAAACUUCCUUAGAUGUCUGACACAUUGUUUCCAGAGUUUGUUUUGCAAUUCAGAUGUUGAUUUUGGAUGCCAUGCUGUGCAUCACUUUUCCUCCUGCGCAGCGAUAUCGAUCUUGUCCCGAGCACCAACCGGCUUUCGGCUGUCUGUGGUGUUUCGGCUUCGGUAGCGUCCCAGAGAAAGUCUGUGUGGUCGAAGGCGCAAGCCUCCCUCACGAUCCUGCUUCAUAUUCCUUGUCGCGGCAGGAGCGCGUUCGGUGGAUCCUUGCGAGGAGCCACCUUGCGUAGGGUCGCACUGCGGCCAAACUGCCGGGUCAAACCAUGGAGCUGACAGACGUUGAGAAAUUAAUUUCAGAACUGUUGUUAAUCGGCCAGAAGUUUUCUAUGCGCAUGGCCGUCUCCGGCUCGAUCUUUCUU